UGCACUGCAUCGUCGCCAUUUUUCUUGUUAUGGUGGUCUGUGAGCGGAGUCUCCGCAGUUCUGGAAAGAUCUUUAGUUACAUUCUGAUAUUGAACGCCUUUAUUCGCUGCUUUUUGUGAUUUUCUUCGUUCCGAGGGUGCUUGGAAGACCAGGACAGCAACAUGGCGCAGUACAAAGGAGCUGCCAGCGAGGCGGGCAGAGCCAUGCAGCUGAUGAAGAAGCGAGAGAAAGAGAGGGAGCAACUUGAACAGCUCAAGCAGAAGAUCGCUGAGGACAACAUGGUGAAGGCCAACAUCGACAAGAAGUUCUCUGCUCACUACGAUGCUGUGGAAGCAGAGCUCAAGUCCAGCACUGUGGGUCUGGUGACCCUGAACGACAUGAAGGCCAAGCAGGAGGCGUUGGUAAAGGAGAGAGAGAAGCAGCUGGCCAAGAAGGAGCAGUCCAAAGAGCUCCAGCUCAAGCUUGAAAAACAGAAGGAGAAGAAGAGAAAGGAGGAACAAAAGAGAAAAAUUGCCAGUUUAUCUUUUAACCCUGAUGAAGAGGAGGGGGAAGAAGACGACGACGAUUAUGAUGACGAUGAAGACGACGAUGACAAAAAUUCAGAGGAAGAGCAGGAAUGUGUUCCAGUUAAGAAGAAAAAAUUGGGCAAAAAUCCAGACGUGGACACGAGUUUCCUUCCAGAUCGAGACCGAGAGGAAGAGGAAAACCGCCUCCGAGAGGAGCUGAGACAGGAGUGGGAGCUGAAGCAGGAGAAGAUCAAGAAUGAGGAGAUUGAAAUUACCUUCAGCUACUGGGACGGCUCAGGCCAUCGGAAAACUGUCAAGAUGAAGAAGGGCAACACCAUCCAGAACUUCCUGCAGAAAGCCCUGGAGGUCCUCAGGAAGGACUUCAGUGAGCUCCGGUCUGCUGGAGUGGAGCAGCUGAUGUACAUCAAGGAAGAUCUUAUAAUCCCACAUCAUCACAGUUUUUACGACUUCAUCGUGACCAAAGCAAGAGGAAAGUCUGGCCCUUUGUUCAGCUUCGACGUCCACGAUGAUAUUCGGCUGGUGAACGAUGCCACAGUGGAAAAAGAUGAGUCUCACGCAGGUAAAGUGGUGCUGAGGAGCUGGUAUGAGAAGAACAAGCACAUCUUCCCUGCAAGUCGCUGGGAGCCAUACGAUCCAGAGAAGAAAUGGGACAAAUACACAAUCCGGUGAUGACCAUCUUCUACCUCUGGGCUUCUGUUGAAAUGUCCUCGUAUUUUACUCAGUUAUUCACCUCUUUUUAUUAGCUAAUAGUUAAAUAUUAAACUUUAGCUUUUUUAGAUGUUGUUGUUUUUUUGUUUUUUUUGUCUGUCUGUAAAUAACCACACAUCCUGUAAAUGGGUCACAAAUAAAGCGACGUGAUGUAAUGUCACGCUGAAUAAAAAAUUCUUCUCCCUGA